AUGUCCUCAGGCAAAACAUACAGUAUCGCUGCAAUUCCUGCCGAUGGCAUUGGACCGGAGGUAAUCGAUGCCGGAAUCACAGCUCUCGAUGCCGUCAGCAAAGCCCUCAACACUUUUAAACUCGAUUUUACAACGUAUGAUUGGAGCACCAAAACAUACAAAGAGACUGGGAAAUACAUGCCCGAUGACGGUCUUGAGGAACUCAAGAAGCAUGACGCGAUCCUUUUCGGGGCAGUCGGAGCUCCCGAUGUCCCCGAUCAUAUCUCCCUCUGGGGCCUUCGUUUGGCGAUAUGUCAACCGUUGCAGCAAUAUGCCAAUGUCCGGCCCACCAAGAUCUUUCGCGGGACAGACUCGCCGCUUCGGCGCUGCCAGCCGGGAGACCUCGACUGGGUGAUCGUGCGUGAGAACAGCGAGGGCGAGUAUGCGGGACAGGGUGGACGAUCCCAUGUUGGUAAGCCGUGGGAGAUCGCCACCGAGACAGCCAUUUUCUCCCGGCACGGGGUGGAGCGGAUCAUGCGCUUUGCCUUCGAGACUGCUCAGAAGCGACCACGCAAGCUACUGACGGUUGUGACUAAGUCCAACGCUCAGCGGAACGGGCUGGUCCUCUGGGACGAAGUGGCCAAGAUUGUGGCUAAGAAUUUCCCCGAUGUGACCGUGGACAAGAUGUUGGUGGAUGCGAUGACCGCUCGAAUGGUUCUGAAGCCCGAGAGUCUGGAUACCAUCGUGGCGACAAACUUGCAUGCCGAUGUUCUGUCAGACCUUGCCGCUGCUCUCGCUGGAUCCAUUGGCAUUGCCCCAACCUCCAACCUAGAUCCCACUCGAGAGAACCCCAGCAUGUUCGAGCCUAUUCAUGGAUCCGCUUUUGACAUCACCGGAAAGGGUAUCGCCAAUCCCGUGGCCACGUUCUGGACUGCUUCAGAGAUGUUGGCCUGGUUGGGUGAAGAGGAGGCGUCGAAGAAGCUUUUGGAGUGUGUAGAGCUUGUCUGUGAGCAAGGUAUUCUGACGCCAGACCUGGGAGGAAAAGCGACAACAAAGGAGGUCACCCAGGCGGUUAUCGAUCAGAUCAGCAAGUUGACCUGA